AUGUCUCAAAACACACAAGAUCCUCAUAACACUUGCACCCUGUAUAAACCACCUAUGCUUGUCAGAUCUGAGUAUAAUAUCUGGCAACGUUGGAUGGGUCAUGUACUUGCACAGCAAAACACCGGAUGCUGGAAAUCGGUUAUCUUUGGACCACAUGUCCCGAUGUUGCCGAGUGAAGAAGAUCCCAUGGUCCAAGUACCUAAGAAACCUGAAAAUUACUCCGAGCAUUAUUUUCAGAAAAUUGAGUUAGAUGCUAAAGCAUUUAGUAUAGUUGCUACAACACUUGAUAUCUAUGCUGGCCUGUUACAUUGUAACAGUGCAAAGGAGUUAUGGGAUGCACUAAAAGAGAAGUUUAGUGGUACAGAAGAGGUUAUUGAGAACAACAGGGAGAUUAAGAAACUCAAUAUGAAUGAUUCUCAAAAGAAGGUGGGAAAGAAGAAGGAUAAGAAGUCCUAUGUGGAGUCAAAUUCUAUCAAAGUUGAUCUAGAAAAUGACAGCUCAAUGAAUAUGGAUGUGGAAGACGAUGAAGUUCACUCUGUGGAGGUAGCUGAUACAAACGAUAGUGAUGAUAACAAAUCAAGAGUAAAGAGACAACGAAAGGAAAGAUCUAUUGUGUGGCAAUACUUCACUAAACUUAAAAAGAAAGCAGUCGGUGGAAAAGUUCCAAGCAAGUGCAACAAAUGUAAUCAUAUUAUCAUAUAUGAUAGCAAGCAAGGUACGGGGAAUCAUUCGAAACACAUAAAAUCUUGCUAUGGUUCUAGUUUCAAAGAUGUUGGUCAAAUGAUUUUAAAUAGUGACAUGAAAUUAAAGUCAUCUACGUUUUCUCAAAGUACGUUCCGCGAGAUGCUUGUAGCUGCUAUCGCUAUGCAUGAGUUACCUUUGUCAUUUGUUGAUUAUAAGGGAUUUAGAGAUUUAUUUAAGUAUCUGCAACAUGAUGUCAAUAUCAUCUCUAGAAAUAUUGUAAAAUCUGAUUUACUGAAAAUGUAUAAGAGAGAAAAGGAAAAGGUCAAAGAAAUGCUUAUGGAAUCACCUGGGAGGUUAUGCCUAACUUCAGAUUUGUGGACGUCUAUUGCUACUGAUGGGUAUUUAGCAAUUACAGUUCACUUUAUGGAUAAAGAAUGGGUUUUGCAAAAAAGAGUUUUAUCGUUUUCUUUCAUGCCACCACCUCAUACCGGUGUUGCUUUGUGUGAAAAAGUGUUUUCUAUUUUAGUAGAGUGGGGCAUAGAAAAUAAAAUAUUUUCUAUGACAUUAGAUAAUGCUUCUUCUAAUGACACUUUCAUUGGGCUUUUAAGAGAACAACUAAAUAAAAAAUUACCACUUGUUUCUAGGGAUGGGUUAAAGCAAAUUGAUGAGUGUAUUUACAAAGUGAGAGAGAGUAUCAAGUAUGUUAAAGGGUCGCAACAAAGGAAGGAAAAGUUUAUAGAGUGUGUUCAGUUGCUUUCUUUGAAAAGGAAAAAGGGGUUAAGGCAAGACGUUGUUACUAGGUGGAAUUCUACCUUUUUAAUGCUUGAUAGUGCCCUUUUUUAUCGACGCGCCUUUUGCCAUUUAGAAUUGAGUGAUUCUAAUUAUAAGCAUUGUCCGAAUGCAUUAGAGUGGGAAAAGAUUGGAAAGAUGUGUUCUUUUCUUGGAGUGUUUUAUGAUAUCACAAAUGUUUUUUCGGGUACAAAAUAUCCAACUGCAAACUUGUAUUACCCACAUGUUUUUAUGGCUUACUUGACUUUGAAAGAGGGUAUGGGUUCAGAAGACGAGUAUAUGAGAAACAUGGCUAACUUGAUGAUGACAAAGUUUCAGAAAUAUUGGUCUGAUUUUAGUCUUACUUUAGCCAUAGUUGUGGUGUUGGAUCCUAGAUACAAAUUGCACUUUAUCGAGUGGAGUUAUUCACAAGUUUAUGGACGUGAUAGCAAGGAAUAUGAAUAUGUUGAUGAGGUUUUGCACACUACUUUUCAUGAAUAUGUAGAGUUAAAUAUGGAUGGUGGUUCUUCUACAACUUCAAAUGUCACAAGUACUUCAGAUGUUAGCAAAGGGGUUGAGGAAACGGGAGAUGAUGAUUCAACAAGUGUCUUUGGAGUUAGAGCUAGACUUAAGUGUUUUGAUCAGUUUCAAAGUAAAAAAUUUCUAGCUAACAAAAAAUCAAAAUUGCAAUUGUAUUUGGAUGAGUCAAGAGUUGAUAGGAACUCGAACUUAGAUGUUUUGACUUUUUGGAAGGCCAAUGAGUUUAGAUAUCCUACACUUGCAAGGAUGGCAAGAGACUUUUAG